UCAUUAGUUCGUCAUCAUUGUCAUUGAUAAUCCCUCUCUCUCCUCCUCUGUUCGUCUUUGAAUUAUUGAAAAACUCCCAAGUAAAACUCCACAAUCUAAUAAACUAAUCUAUUUCCAUUAUUUUCUUCAAAACAAUCCCUAAUCAUUAUCUCAAAAUCAUGGCCUAAAUUAAAAAUCCUAAAAUCUCUCGAAAUUUUUUGACCAAAAAUUGCCAAUAUGUCCGCAACAACCGCCCCUGACCACCCCGUCCCACCAACCUCCGAUGACAUCGUCGAUACGACGCCGUUGCUUUCCUCCCCUUCACAAUCCGACCUAAACAACAACAGCAAUAAUCGGCGAUCUAUCCGCCGACAAUCCCUCCGCGACGCCGCACAGUUCCUCCGCCGGGCAAGCAGCCGCCGAAUGAUGCGAGAACCUUCGAUGCUGGUGCGUGAAACCGCCGCUGAGCAGCUUGAGGAACGGCAGAGCGAUUGGGCGUAUUCAAAACCGGUUGUGAUUCUUGAUAUGAUUUGGAAUUUUGCUUUUGUAGCAGUAGCGGUUACGGUGUUGGUAUUGAGUGGAUAUGAGAAUCCUAGUAUGCCUUUAAGGUUGUGGAUUGUCGGAUACGGGUUGCAGUGCGUGUUGCAUAUGGUUUGUGUUUGUGUUGAGUAUAGGAGACGGCGAAGGAGACGGGUCGGGUUUGGUGGUAGUAAUGGAAAUUCGGGUUAUAGUUCGCGUGGAGGCGACUCUGGUGAGUAUGUUACUCUGGCUCAGCUUGAGGAUGAUAGUGGAACCAGCAGUGUAGCGAAGCAUCUGGAAUCAGCGAAUACGAUGUUUUCGUUUAUAUGGUGGAUUAUUGGGUUUUAUUGGGUAUCUGCGGGUGGUCAAGAUUUGGCGCAUAACUCUCCGCAACUCUACUGGCUUUGUAUCGUUUUCCUUGGUUUUGAUGUGUUCUUCGUCGUUUUUUGUGUUGCUCUGGCUUGUGUCAUUGGCAUUGCUGUUUGCUGCUGUCUUCCAUGUAUUAUAGCAAUCUUAUAUGCUGUUGCAGACCAGGAAGGAGCGUCCAAAGAAGAUAUUGACCAGCUAUCCAAAUUUAAAUUUCGAAGAGUUGACAAUAAUGAGAAGCUAUCUGGUGAUGAACAAGAAACUCUGGGUGGAGUAAUGACUGAAUGCUGUACAGAUUCGCCGGUCGAACAUGUUCUUUCAGAAGAGGACGCGGAGUGUUGCAUCUGCCUCUCUGCUUACGAUGACGGAGUUGAGCUGAGGGAACUUCCUUGUGGUCACCAUUUCCACUGUACCUGUGUAGAUAAGUGGCUUUAUAUUAAUGCCACCUGCCCUCUCUGCAAAUACAACAUCUUGAAGAGUAGCAACCGAGACAGGGAAGACGUGUAGAAGGAUUGCGAUUGAUGUUACAAGUCUUUAGACUUUGCAUUUGGUUCUAUCUCGCGAGCAUUUUUCUAUGAACAGCAUGGCAUUAGACUGCAUAUAGUGUUGUUUUAUAACUUUCUUGUUAUAGUAACAGUCAUGGUUGUUGUAGUUGUAGCAUUGGUGGCAAUAUUGUGUCUGGCUCUGGCUUGCUAUAGUUCAUGUGUAUAUUUGUGUUGCUCAGGCCAUGUAAUGCUAAAUCUCACUGCAGCCUUCUUUCUUAUAUCCUUAUAUAUUUUUUUAA